AUGACGCGUAACACCCGCAGUUCUACGAUCUGCGAGUGGGCUCUCGGCUUCAGCGUCGAGGAUUACUGCAACUCUAUCGAACGGCGCAGGCGAAAGAAGUCCAGCAGCAGACAGCGGAUCUGCGUCGAGAUUUCCACCGACGAUGAAUCCGAAGAGGACACUGUCAAGAUCACAUACCCCCGCGCCAACCGCAGCAAGGACACUUCGAUUUCCGGCACCAAGAAGGUCCGUUUUGACAAGAUGUCACCGAAGUCCGCGCUGAAGGCCAAGGAUUCAGAAGCCGAGUCCAAGGAAAAAAAGAAGUCGUCAAAGACUGACGACACAUCCGACUCGGAGUCGGAAUCAAAGUCAAAGAAGAAGAAAGGCGACAAGUCCGCCAAAGAGAAGGUAGUAGAAUCUUCGUCAGAAAGUGAGGAAAGCGAGACUGAGACGACAGAGACCGAAUCUGAGACCGAUGAGAGCGACGAUGAGACACCGGCGCCUCCCAAGAAGAAGAAGACGCAAGAAAAGACGAAGGACCGUGUCAAGAAGUCGUUCAAGACCAAGGAGAGCGUCGCUUCAGCAGACAUUGAACCUAACAAUGUCGGCCCUACCAUCAAAAAAGUUCGUAACAAGAAUGGAGGAGCGAAGUCGGAUGCGACCAAGAAGGCCAGUGAGCCUCAGAAGUUAAGACCCGAGGCGGUCUUAUCUCCUCACCUGCGCCGACCCAAUCUCAUUAUGCCCAUUCGCGCGGAGGUUGUCCAAAUUGAGCAUACUAUUGAAGGCGUCGAAGACCCUCGACCCAACGCUUUUCACGACCCACAACACGGCGUUGUUCGAGUCUACCAUGGUCCAGCAUACGGCAACCCUUACGGCUUGCUAUAUCCUACUCGUGACCCGAACAACGCUCCUUUGCCCAUGGGCGUUCCUCAUCCCCUGCAGAACCCCUAUUUCCACGGGUUCGCCAAUCCCGCAAACCCGGGAGAUAACCAUUUCAAGCGCCAGUCUCCCUGGGGCGCUAUGCCAGUCACGUGCAUGCCUGGAGGACCACCGGUCAUGGCAGCAGUCGAUCCAAUGCAGACGUCGAUGCAGAUACCGCCGUGGUGGGGUCCAAUGUCUCCUAAGACUCUCUCUCCAAAGGGAUCUCCAAAGCCUGUCAUGUCGGGAGCCAUUCUAGGAGACGCGGCAUCGACAGGCGCAAAAGACAAGGAAAAGGGAUGGGAUACCAAUGUUGGCCCUCAGCAAAGCAAAGCUCCUUCGCCUCCGACAAAGACAGCGAGUCCCAACAAUGUGGCUCCGGCUUCCCCUAUUAACAUCAACCUGACGGUGAAUCCAAACACUCCGUGGGCUGCCUUCGCUGGCGACCUCAGCAAAAAGUCUACUCCGAACAAGAAUGGAUCACAAGUUGGAAGCAAGGUCAAUGGCGGUGGGUCUAAUGGAAGCAAGAACUCUUGGGGAUCAAAGAAGACUACAGACUGGCAGCCUCUGAGUAGUGGUCAACAUCCGGAUCUUGCAUGGGGCAACACUCCCACGAAAAGCCAGGGAAGCAACAAGGGGAGCAAUUCAGCCUGGACGAAGGUUGGGGAUGCGAACAAUAAUUCUUGGGGUGGGCCUGGCGGCAGCGGGAGCAACAAUGGAUGGAACACCACUAGCCAGAACGAUGAUGCUUGGGGUACAUCCGGCAACACGCAGGGUCAUGACGCCCAGACAGCUUCUGGCGGUGACGGCUGGACGACGACAAACGAUACUACUUGGGGCAAUACCGAAAACAACAAUUACCAGGCCGCAACCAUGAAAAACGAUGGAUGGGGUGCCCCCAUUGACCUGUCGGCCGAUGCCUGGACCAACUCCGGAGGCGACUACGGCAACAACUGGGGAAAUGGUUCGAACCACUCCGGCUCGAAGAAAUCGGACAAGAGCCACAGUGGUAACGACAGCAACCGUAGUACCAGUGGUCAAGCCCAGCCUGCUACAAAUUGGGAUGGUCAGGGAAACAAUGUUGGCUGCUCAGGAUCAGGACGUAAAGCAUCGAACAGUUCGAAUAAGUCCAACAAGUCAAAGAAGAGUUCGCCGCCGCAAACUUCUACCGAUGCCGGUUGGGACAACAACGCCGGCCCAACAGCCAACAACAGUCCUCAGAAUUCCCAGACGGCGAAGAAGAGCUCGCGAAGCAAGGACAAGACCGACCAGUGGGUAACGGCUGGCGGCGGCGCCGGAUGGGGGCCCGAGACCACGAAUGGCGAGGUCAAUUGGGGUCCUACGGCGACCGAGAUGAGCAAGGCCUCGAGCAGCAGCAAGAGUAUGCCAGGUGCUUGGGAUGCUAACAUACCUCCUUGGGGCGAUCCGACUUUGGCGCAGUCGACAGGCGGCGCGGCAGACGGUUGGUAA